GCAUACUUCCGGCGGAAGUGGAGUGGUCUCGCGGUGUGUAGGGCUGUAUUUGCGGUGUAUCAGCUGGCCUAUUGGCCGGUGUGUCCAGGAGUCAGUGCGGAGCUGAGAGGUCACCGGGCACCUUAACUGCAAUGGCGGGAAUUAAAGCUCUGAUCAGCCUCUCGUUUGGAGGAGCCGUCGGACUGAUGUUUUUGAUGCUGGGAUGUGCACUGCCUCAAUAUAGUCAGUAUUUGCCGCUGUUUGUACUGUUUUUCUACGUCCUGGCACCGAUUCCAUACAGCAUAGCAAGACGAGUAGUAAACGACACAGACGCUGCAAGCAACGCCUGCAAGGAGCUGGCCAUCUUUCUCACAACUGGCAUUGUGGUGUCCGCCUUCGGACUGCCUAUCGUCUUUGCCAGAGCAGCGUUGAUUCACUGGGGAGCAUGCGCGCUCGUCCUGACCGGAAACACAGUCAUCUUUUCUACCAUUUUAGGCUUCUUCCUAGUGUUCGGUAACAACGAUGAUUUCAGUUGGCAGCAGUGGUGAAGUAUAAUGGCAGAACUGGACUCUCCAAACGGCCAUGGUCCUGACUCCAGCGAGCAUCCAUUCAGCCAGUGAAAGGACUAAGCACAAACUGGCAUCAGCAUGUGGAGUCUUCUCAUUGCUUAAUCGCGCUUUUGCCAUGGACAUGCAGAAUAGAAUGGCUUACCAGGAAUUUUGAGCUUCCUUCAUAUGUUCAGUUAUUUUUCAUACCCUCUCAGUAGCUUUAUGUUACACCUUUUUUAUAUUUUAUCCUUUGGCUACUGGAACCCCUUUUCCCUCCAUUCCUUGUUCAACGUAUCAAGUAGUUUAAAAAGAAAAAUGCCAUAGACAAUGCACUUUUUAUUUGGGGUGUUAUAUGUAGAUAUAUUUUUGUUCUACCAAUCCUUAUGACCAAUAUGUGCGUUGUAUUUGUGCUUAUUUAUUUUAAGAUUGGACUUUUACUGUA